CCGAGAGUGGCGUCGCUCCAACUGCUUGGUACGGUAUGGCGCCGUUUGGUGUUGACCCCCAAGAACACCAAACGCAAGUUUUUCAGCGCUAGUCGCAUAUCUGAUCAUCUGAUAAUCUGAUAAGCAGCAUCACCACCGAAGAUCGCACCUCUUGGCCUUUCACCUUCACUUUCCAGUGUGCGGCGUAGCAUUGGCACAUCAAUUUCGUCCGUCCUUCUCCGAGUACAAGCAUGUGAUGGAAAGUUCACUAACAUUUUUGCCUCAGAAAAGGCGAGAGUUCCUCCAGGGUUCCCUUGCAUGUCGCUUAUCAUCUAUUGCGAGACAGAUGGGAUCGGUCGUAAAACCAACAACCAACAGCGCGUUUAUGGCGUUUCUUUAAACGCAGCACUGCAUAAUAGGCCGUGGGGCCGUAUAAGAUUAUUUUCCGGCAAGUGGGCGCUGGUCCAUAAGGCGCUUUUUGGCGUAAAUAAGGUCGCGAGCCUUGCUCUUGGCAUCAGGCAAUCGGAGAAAAAAUGGGCAAGCCACCAGAACGGGAUUCCGAAGCAUAGUCUUAGGUCCUGGGCCACAUCUCGAGGCUCUGCGGGCCGGUGCUCUCUUCUUUGUCCUUAUCAAUCUUACCGUGAUAUAACAUUACAAGAUCGAGACUUGCCCCAGUGGCCUGGAGCUCCACAGGCCAAAGCACGUCUAACUGAUUUCGGAUUCACUGACAGAGCUGUUGAAGAUCCGGCCAAAAGGAAGUCGAUUGUCAACUUGAGGCAAAUUCUCUUCCUCACCGGGGCCUUUGGCGUUCGGUUCAACGUCUUGGCAAGUCAUCUGUCCAGUCUGGAAAUAAGCCUUACAUCUAGAGCUUGUAAUGUGGCUCGGAGCCAUGAUACUGGGUUGAAUCCACUGUGGAUGUUGAGAAUUGGAUUGACUGCUGCCUGGCCAAUAUGUUUCGUUUUCUUAACCUGCUUGUCGUACUCAUGUGGGGGUCCGGUGAUUGAUAGGCCGAUUCUGCUGGACCACAUCCGAGGAAUGGUCUUGUUUGAUGUUCUAGACAAUAUGAAUGCAUCGCAAGAACAGGCCGUCCGGGUGACAUUUUCCAUAAGGUGGGCCAGAGAAGUCCUUGUCGUAAAGUUAGAGGCUCUUGGCGCCGGGGAGCAGCAAAUCGUCUCCCAAUAGCAUCGCAGUAUAUCC